UAGAGUGAAAGAUGGUGAUAGGAAGAGUUCCCUCAUUUUCAAAUUUAAUCCAUGUCUCUGGGGGGGUAAAGAAAAAUCGGCUCCGGGCAUUACAUGAUGUAAUUGAAUUUCAUUACGCUUUCUCUUGUCUGGGGGGAGAGGGCUGCUGACGCAGGUGGACCGAAGCCAUGGUGAGUUUGAGGACCAUAAAAGGUGUAUGUAGUACCCAUUUCAUCGGAACUGCAAAGUGUUCACACAAACAGCAACUUCAGCUGCUGCCUUCUGGGAGGAGAGUCUGUGUUGCCAGCAUAUCAAAGAUGAAGAGGUCCUAUAGGAUUUUGCUAGUGUCUCUCAUCUUUUGCACAAUGUUCUCGGAGACCAUCGAGCUGGUAAUAGCGGCAAAGGAGAAGAGGGGGUGGACCCUCAAUAGUGCCGGCUACCUUUUAGGUCCCCGUCGGAUUGAUCACCUAAUUCAGAUAAAGGAUUCACCCAGUGCCAGAGGCAGAGACAACUUGAUCACUCAAUAUGGCAUAGAUGGACACAGGAUACUUGGAGACAAGCCUGGUCUUGCUGGCAAGAGAGACAUGGACUGGGAAGAUAGCUUCCAAACAGGUGACAAAAGGAAAGCGGAGGAAGACAUUGUCCACACUGUCAUUGACUUCCUGACAUACCUCAAAUAUAAAGAAAUGGGAGCCUUGCAAAGCUUGACUUCUUCUGUGACUUCAGAUGAAAUGGCUAACCCUUAGCCACAUCACCCUCUGCGAUCACACCUUCUGUACCCAUCAUUUUGCUUUUGCUGAAAUAACUUUUGCUCACUUUAGAGCAGGGAUGUCCAAGGUUUAGGUACUCACAUCAAAUCUAUAUAUAUAUUGCGCGUCGUCCCGCACGCGGUCUGUCCUUCCGUCUGUCCCUUUUCAAAACGUACCUACUUCACCGCGCCGCUGCGCGCCGCCACUGCACGCCGCCACUGCGCCGCUCAGGCAGUGGCUCACUACGAUCGCGCGGGCAUCUUAGCGAAAAAAUGUUGUCUACCCACAAGCAUUGCAAUGAAAUUGUUAGUUAUUUAGUAGAGCUAAACAUCUCUUUAUUUUCUCGAUAAGCAAUGAAGAUGAACAAAAAGUUGAACCAAGCAACAACACUUUUGUGGGCCCACCUUACCAGCCUUCCGCAGGAACUAGCUGAUGAGCCGCCCGGAGGGCGGCGAACCAGCUAGUGUUAUAUAAUAACAGAUGACAGAUGAUGCUUCUUCAUGAAAUACAAGAUUUACGGUGGCUCCUCUACUUUACUUUUACUUUUUAUUUGGUUCUUGAAGAAAUUUCUUAAAUAGAACAUUUUUUAAGUAGAGACACACUUUCCAUGUAAAUGCCCUAAUUCGUUCCAAGGCCCCCCUCACCCCCCCCCCCCCCCAUUUCCUAAAGCAAAACAAUGCAUCAAAAUAUGUAACAAAUAAACGUUACAAUUAGAUUAUUGCAUAAUAAAAAUAAAAGAGAUUCAUACAUAAUGUAAAAAACAAAGAAUAGAGUAAAGAAUAAAAAUCAUGGUCAUUUAACUUUGAACUGGCAUUUUAUGCCCUCUUUAGUCUCUCAGAAGUGGUUUUUGCCUGGCGUUUUGGAAAGAACCGAUCCAAGAACGUUUGCUUUUGUUGGGUUUGAACAAUCCUUCGAAAAUAUCCAAGGCAAACUUCAGCACAGAUAGCGAUCGCCAGACUGGUGAACAAUUUUUCCAGGUGAUUCACACUUACGAAAAACCUCAUGGCCCAACUGGCAGAUGACGAGGACGUUGCAUAGACACAUAUCUUAUCUAUCUACACACAUAGACACAUGCGGUAAUGGUCCCUCUUUGCCAAUGGAACGCCAGGAAAAUUCUAGGUAAUAGCCAAUGGCAGAGCAGCCAUAAGUUCAGGAAACUCGGAGCUGCGAGGAUCAGCCUAUACUGUAUUUUUACCUUUCGCAUCUUGAAAUGUAUUUUGUAACAAGAGGCAAUAUUCAAAUGAAGAGACAUUCGUAAGUAGAGGUACCACUUCUUUGUCAAACUAUUUCUAUAUUUAUUAAUGCGAACCCUUUAUAAUGACCCGGAUCUCUAUAUAAACUUGCCACAAAAUAGACCCGGCUCUCUGACACUGGGCAACACAUUUCCUUCUAGUCUUCAUAGGCUUGAUAUGUCACCCUGCACAAAUUCAAGCCACCCUUUGCUGUAAGUAGCCCCAUAACAUGGAGUAACAGGCCCCCCAUCAUAUUUCACGCUGUAUUGGUUUUAGUGUGUUUAAUACAUUAAAUGUGAAGAAUGCUAUUGUGGCAAAAUUAUUAUUUUCUAUUGGACAGCCCUGCUUUCGAGUCAUUAUGUUGUUAUUUCUUACACAACAGUGAAUCAUGUUGUCUUUAGCAAAGCUUGGUUGUCUCGCAGUACCUUUAAUAUUUGAUAAUUGAUGAGAUAAAAUUAAUAGCAUAUACUCAGAUGUAAAUAGAUAGUAUAUCUAUUUAGCCAUAGAGUCACAAAGAUCGACGGUAAUGGUUACUGAAAGCGAAUUGGAUGUUAAACACAGAUUCAUGCUUCUGUACUGUUAUUUCCCCCAUUCUGCUGUCAUCAGGUCAAAGACGAUGGAGUUCAAUAAAGAAAAAAAA